AUGAGGUCUCUCACCCUAAUGCUGGUCCUUGUGACUGCCCUACUGGCCGUGGCCUUUGCCGCCCCCGAGCCCGAACCCGAACCUGCGCCAGCCAAAGGUAAGUCUUCUGCAGCUUCCAGAUUCCGUGCAGCCCAGAUAAUCAACGAUGACGCCACUGAUGAGGAUAUUGGCGACAACGAUGGCGUCGACGAGAAAGAUGCCGAUGUCAGCGACAAGAAGGGCGAUGCUUCCAGUGGCCGUCUCUUCAUGAAGAAGUUCCUCUUGUUCAGAAAUAUGUUUGGUAACACCCAACAACCCGUCAUUCCCAUCAUCAUAACGGGAGGUACUAACACUGGUACUGCCACUGUUACCAAUCCAACCGCCAAUACUCCCACUACCACGACUGUUACAACCACCGGUACGAUACCCACGGCCACCGGUACCAUCACCACAACGCCGCUUACAGCCGCUGCUCGAGUUGAAAAGAAGAAGCCAGCUCAACGCAUUCAAUUAGCCGCACGUGGUUCCUACGAAAAUGAUAAUGAAGAAGAAGACGAACAAGAACAAGAAGAGAUGGAAGAAGAAACUCCUGUGGUCGAUAAUGAGGCGUUGGCCGCUGCUUUAGCUGCUAAUGCCGAGGAGUACGUGGUCACCGAUCAAGAGAUUGGUGGAACUUCCGAUGGCACAGGCAAUAACGCUGCUGCGAAAAUCAAUCUCAGACGUAAUGGCUCACAGAGAGGCAAAGUUGUCAGCGUGCGUGUGCCAGCCAAAUACCGUGGCUACUUUAAGAAUGGCCAACGCGUCAUGCUCAACAACAAUGGCGGCGUCAAACGUGUCGGUGGCAAAAAACGCGUCAUCAAGAAGCGCAUUAUCAAACGCGGCAAGAAGAACAAGAACAGGAACAAGCGUCGUCGCGUCAGGGGCAAGCACUAA